UUAAUAAUGUUUCACAGUUAUUUUUCAGUUUUCGAUUUGAUCUUGUUAUUAAUCUUGUUUGUUUAUUUAAUCUUUGAUUGAACAAUAUUGUGUACUAAUUUUGCUGUGUUUACUUGAUCGAAUUCAUUUUUCGUUUGCCCGUCAUAGUUUGAAAUAUCAUGUUGAAAACAACAUCAUAAAUUUUCAUCUUCAGUAUCAGCAAACAAUGUAUAUCGGCCAAACUGUUAAAGAGUUAUGAGUCAAUUGUUAUAAGAUUUACAUUUCAAAUGUUGAAAGUCAUACAGAUGGGCAUUCAAGCUUUCAUGGUGUUAGCCUCGAAGGUGUGGGCCUGCAUAUGUUUCCUGAUAAAACGACAGAUAAAAACUGUACGCCAAUAUCAACCAGUUAAAUAUGGAGUGUUUCCUCUAUUACCAUUGUCCAGGCAUAGAAUAAGUAUGGUAAAACGGAAAGUUUUGGUGCUAGAUUUAGAUGAGACAUUAAUACAUUCACACCAUGAAGGUGUCCUACGUCAUCCGUCCAAACCAGAAAUGCCACCAGAUUUUAUUUUAAAAGUUACCAUUGAGCGGCACCCAGUAAGAUUUUAUGUUCAUAAGAGGCCGCAUGUUGAUUUUUUUUUAGAUGUGGUUUCUAAAUGGUAUGAGCUGGUAGUCUUUACAGCUAGUAUGCAAAUUUAUGGUGCUGCAGUCGCUGAUAAAUUAGACAAUCGAAGGGGAAUAUUAAGAAGACGAUUCUAUAGACAACACUGCACGCCUGAAAUGGGUUCUUAUACUAAAGAUUUGACAUCAGUUUCAAGUGAUUUAUCGAGGGUUUUUAUACUCGACAAUUCACCAGCAGCAUACAGAGCAUUUCCUGAUAAUGCAAUACCAAUUAAAUCAUGGUUUUCAGAUACUUCAGAUACAGCAUUGUUAAACCUCUUACCAAUGUUAGAUGCGUUACGAUUUACAGAUGAUGUACGUAGCGUAUUAAGUAGAAAUUUACACAAUCAUAACUUAUGGCAAUGAUCUGUUCAAUAUAACCUGUUGAAUUUCGUAUUAAAUAAUAUUUUUGACUAUUUCAAUAAUAUAAUGUGAAUAUACUAACUAACUUAUCUGACUUAAAGCGCAAAUAUUUAAUUUAUAUUAGUAUAAAACUUAAUAAAUAAUAAAAUAAGUGAUAUCUUCUAUUUCAACAGCAAUACAUUCAUUACUAUUCAUUUAUUUCUUUUACGUCCAUGUGUUGUGAAAUAAUAUUUAUAUAAUUUCAAACAAACUUGUUAUUUUAUAAAACAUAUUUAAUUGAGUUUAUAGACUGGCCAAGUUUA